AUGGUCAGUUAUACGGCUUCGGAAGGCGCGUUCAAAAAAUUAAAGCCGGAGCCUGGCGGGGGCAGUGGGGGUGUUUCUGGAGGUGCUUCAGCAUUGUCUCCAGCGCUGGGCCCCCAGCACGCUGGACACACGCCCACCACAGCCUCCUGUCCCACGCCUGCACGACGCCGGCAUCGAACCACCUUCACACAGGAACAAUUAGCUGAAUUAGAAGCGGCAUUCGCUAAAUCCCAUUACCCGGACAUUUACUGUAGAGAAGAACUGGCGAGAACGACAAAACUUAACGAGGCACGGAUACAGGUUUGGUUUCAAAACCGUCGCGCGAAAUACCGCAAGCAGGAGAAACAGUUACAGAAGGCGCUGGCUCCCGCAGUCUUGCCUGGCUGCAACGGCAUGAUGAGGAACAUACAAGGAUACAGAGGAUAUCAGCCUUACCCUCAUCCGAACACCAUCAACAGAUACCCACAGCACCAUGGGAGCUACGAGGAGUUGCAGAAGGACAUAUUCUCGCUGUCACAAAUGGGAGGCGGCUCCUACCCCAUGCCACAAGGGUUCUCCAUGGGACAUGGGGCUAACAUGAGCGCUGUUGGAAUGCGACAAGAUACUAUGGGCAUGAGCGCCGAGGAUGAAUGGUACAACAAGUCGCUGUCUGCUUUGCGGAUGAACAGCGGCCACCACGCGAAUCUAGCGGCCGCGCCGAUGUUGCAAUACCAGACCUAA